ACUAAGAAAUUAAAAUAGUUGAUCAAACUAUUUAUGGGGUCAAAAGUAGCCUUGAUUGCGGGCGUAGCCGCCGUGCUGAUGCUGGCUGCGGUGAUCGGGGCGGCGGUGAUCUUCUCAAGGAACAGUGAAGAAAAGCACGAGUCGGGGAAGCCCGGCGUGACGUCGAAAGCGGUGAAGCUGGUGUGCUCCCAGACGGACUACAAGGAGACAUGCGAGAAGACGCUCGCGGGCGCCAACACCACCGACCCGAAGAAGCUAAUCGAGGCGGCGUUCGACGCCACGGUGGGCAGUAUCACGGAGGUGUUGAAGAGCUCCGCCCUGCUGAAGAUGGCCGCCACCGACCCGUCCACCAAGGGGGCCUUCGACGUCUGCGACGAGGUCCUAGAGAACGCGGUCGACGACCUAAGGAGCUCGAUCCAGAAGGUCGAAUCCCUGGACGGAGGCAAGGCGAAGGCCUUCGUGGCCGACCUCCGGACGCGGCUGGCCGCCGUCGGGGACGAUCAGGAGACGUGCAUCGACGCGUUCGAGAACACCACCGGAGACACGGGCGAGAAGAUGAAGGAAUUGCUCAAAACCGCCAAGGAGAUGGCGAGCAAUGGCCUGGCGAUGGUGACCGACCUAACCAAGAUCCUCGGAUCGCUCCAGCUCUCGAAGGUGCUUGGCAGCGGCGGGGGCGGCUCGAGCGGGGCGCGGAAGCUGAUGGUGGAGGAAUACGUUGGGAGGAGGAUUCAGCAGGUGGCGGAGAUGAAGCCGACGAUGGUGGUGGCCAAAGACGGGAGCGGGGAGUUUAAGACCAUCGCGGAAGCUAUAAAAAAGCUGCCACCGAAGAAUAAUGAGACGUUGAUUGUGAUAUUGAUUAAGGCGGGCGUGUAUGCGGAGACGGUCAUCCUCCCCAAGAAGGUUAAUAAGGUCGUCUUGCUCGGAGAGGGCCCCACCAAGACUAUUAUCACCGGAAAUUUGAAUUUUGCCGCAGGUGUUAAGACCUACCACACCGCCACCGUUGCGGUGAACGCUGAUGAUUUCAUUGCCAAGGACCUAACGAUGGAGAACACCGCCGGGUCAGAAGGACACCAAGCAGUGGCCCUACGCGUCUCAGGGGACCAGGCAGUGCUCUUCAACGUGAACAUAUUCGGGUACCAAGAUAGCCUCUACGCCCACAAAUACCGCCAGUUCUACCGCGGGUGCACCAUCUCUGGCACCAUCGACUUCGUCUUUGGUGAUUCCCUCUCCAUCUUCCAAGACUGCACCUUCGUGGUGCGAAAGCCAGGGAAGAACCAGGCUUGCAUGGUGACCGCCCAGGGCCGCAUUGACAUCCGCAGCCCAGGCGGGUUCGUCCUCCAAAAGAGUCGUAUCUCGGCCGAGCCGGAGCUCAUCUCUAGCACGCCUCCUGUGAAGGUGUACCUCGGCCGACCAUGGAAGGAGAUGUCGAGGACAAUCAUCAUGAACUCCGAUAUCGGGGUCUUCGUCGACCCUACCGGCUGGUCGGUAUGGGCUGGGACCUUCGCCCUCGAUACUUGCUACUACGCGGAGUUCGAGAAUGUGGGACCCGGUUCGGGUACCGCGGUUCGGGUCACGUGGAAAGGUAUCAAGAAGAUCACACCACAAAUUGCGGAGAGCUGGACCGGGGGAGUUGCCUACGGCGAUGACUCUUGGAUAAAGGCGGCGGGAGUCCCUUAUGUACCUACCAUGAUGAAAGUUUAGGUGUGUGUCUUGUAAUGAUUAU